GCACCUAUGGAGAAGUCAUCUCUACAGGCCUGCAACUCGCAGCUGCCCAAAGCAGUCAGCGCCCUACUAAAAUAUUCUGCAAAGAAGUCAGCUGAGAAGGCCACCCAGGACCUAUUGGCUGAGGAGGCCGGCGAUACCGUCACUCUACAGAUCAAUGUUGAUAAGAUACAGGGGAAGGCCGACAACAAAUAUCGACUGAUACAAGUGCCUCACUCUAUUCACGGCAAGAACGGCGUUGAGGGCCUCACAGUUUGCCUCAUCGCACGGGACCCAAAACAGACAGCUCAGAAGCUCGUCGCGAAAUACAACCUACCUAUUCAGAAGAUAGUCACAAUCAAGGCCCUCCGGUCAAAAUACGCAGCUCGUUUUGAGCUCCUUCGGGACCUCGCCAACGCCCAUGAUGUGUUCCUCUGUGACUCUUCCGUAUCUGACAUGCUACCCAACCUCCUUGGGAAGUAUUUCUUCCACCAUAAGAAGCAGAAGAUACCGGUUCCCGUCAAGUGGCCCACGUCAGCCAAUGUCGAUCCUACUAAGCAGAUCGAGAAGGCCCUCAACAGUACACGUUAUCGUAAGAGCACUGGAGCGAGCAUUAGCGUUCGUAUUGGCAACACGUCUAUGGCGAAGGAGGACCUUGUCGAGAACGCGAAGGUCGUCCUUGCUAACCUGUCGAGUGACAUGCUCUCGGUGAAAAGGAAGAUCCUCAGUGUUGGCGUACAGAGUACGGACUCUAUAAUGCUUCCAGUGUGGGCGGCCGGGGCUACGGCACCGGAGGAGAAGCAGAAGGCUGAGAAGAAGGGUACUAAACGGGUUCGAUUCGAGGAGGCCGCUGAUGAGGAGGAGGAAGAAGAGGAUGACGACGUUGGCAAGCUAAAGCUGUCUGAGGUCCCUGUGGGAAAACUGGAGGAGAGGCGUGAGAAGAAGCGAGCGGCUGUUGCGGCUGAGGCCGCGCGGAAGAUAUCGAAGCCGACUGAGAAGAAGGGCAAGAGAAAGUCUGCCAACAAGAAGAAGCUGCGUACUAAAUAAGGCGGCGCAUCAUCUCACCUGAGCCCCGCUACAGCCAGAUGUACCCUAUCGACCGUCUGAGGCACUA